GCGCAAAACCACCUCCUUCAUCCAGACGAGUAUCCUCACCAUCACCACCUCCGGGAUCCCCCCUUCUACCGAUCAACGAGCCAACAUUGACCGGACGGCUCCUUGUGCACGGUUGCCGAGCGACCCCGAGAACUCGUCAUCCUAGGGAGCUGUUCUCCUUUUCCAGGGGGAACUCACAGCUUCAAUCACGGCUGGCCUGACAGCUGUGGUCUGACCGACGGUUCAAUCGUUCUUUCUCCACCCUUCCCUCCUUGUCAGUUCACAGUCCCAAGAUGGCGGCCAAGUUUACGAGAGAAUACAAGCUGGUGGUGGUUGGCGGUGGCGGCGUCGGCAAGUCGUGCCUCACAAUCCAGCUGAUCCAGUCGCACUUCGUCGACGAAUAUGACCCCACAAUCGAGGACUCGUACAGGAAGCAGUGCAUUGUCGACGACGAGGUGGCGCUGCUUGAUGUCCUAGAUACCGCUGGCCAGGAGGAGUACUCGGCGAUGCGGGAGCAGUACAUGCGCACGGGCGAGGGUUUCCUCCUCGUCUACUCGAUCACGUCGCGAGAGAGCUUUGAAGAGAUAAGGACCUUCCAACAGCAGAUUCUGCGCGUCAAGGACAAGGACGUGUUCCCCAUGGUUGUUGUGGGUAACAAGCUCGAUUUAGCACACGAGCGUAAGGUCUCGGUCGAAGAGGGCCAAAUGCUGGCGGAGGAGUUCAAGUGCAAGUUUCUGGAGACGUCGGCCAAGACCAACACAAACGUCGAGCAGGCUUUCUAUGAGGUCGUCCGGGCGAUCAGGAAGUACAACCGAGAAAUCCAGGGCGGGCCAUCCCCUGGGAGCCAUCUUUCGCACAACGGCGCCGGCAUGAACAAGCUCGACAUGGGUCCUGACGACGACACGCAGGCGGGCUGCUGCUCCAAGUGCGUCCUGAUGUGAGGGGCUUGAGCGACAAUCUUGCUCAGGACGGCCUCUUGUUGACGGGAUCAGGGAUGAGGGGUGGUGUGUAUGUGGAGGGGCUCGUGCGGCGCUUGGAAUCGGCUGUGGUUUGGG